UUUCAGGGCCAUGUUGAAGAUGUCUGGCCUCAACAUUUCACGUUGAUUUCAUCAAGUUAUCUUAUCCGAGAGUAAUAAGAGUAUUGUGUUGUUCAAACGUGUUCUGCUAGUUUAACCGAUUUUAACAAAAGGGCUGAAAAGCCGUUUAGACGCCACUGAGUUGUACCCUCUGGGAUCCGGCUACGUCCCUGAAAUUGACAGUGUCCAUGACAUAUCAGUUGGCACAAAGAGGGGAUCUGACGAACUCUUUUCUUCCUGCAUAUCCAACGGACCCUAUAUCAUGAACUCAGCCAAUGGCAACGACAGCAAAAAAUUCAAAGGAGAUGUCCGCAGUCCUGGUGUCCCAUCACGUGUGGUCCACGUACGCAAACUGCCCAAUGACAUCAACGAGGCUGAGGUUAUAAGCCUGGGACUGCCCUUUGGGAAGGUCACUAAUCUGCUGAUGUUGAAAGGGAAAAAUCAGGCCUUUCUGGAGCUUAACAGUGAAGAGUGUGCACAGACGAUGGUGAGCUACUAUUCUUCUGUCACUCCUGUCAUCAGAAACCAACCCAUUUACAUGCAGUACUCGACUCAUAAGGAGCUCAAGACAGACAACUCUCCUAACCAAGUGCGUGCCCAGGCAGCUCUGCAGGCAGUCAACGCCCUGCAUGGAGGUGGAAUGGCGAGUAUGGCCAUCCCUACAGAUGCAAGCAGUAUGGCAGGAGGCGUAGCCCAAAGCCCUGUUCUCAGAGUCAUUGUGGAAAACCUUUUCUACCCCGUCACCCUGGAUGUCCUGCAUCAGAUUUUUUCCAAGUUUGGAACUGUGCUCAAGAUCAUCACUUUUACCAAGAACAACCAGUUCCAGGCAUUGAUCCAGUAUGCUGAUGCCAUGACAGCUCAGCAUGCUAAACUGUCUCUAGAUGGCCAGAACAUCUACAAUGCUUGCUGUACCCUGAGAAUCAGCUUCUCCAAGCUGACAAGCCUCAAUGUCAAGUACAACAAUGACAAAAGCAGGGACUACACCCGCCCUGACCUUCCUACAGCAGAUUCACACCCCUCACUCGACCACCAGACAAUGGCAGCUGCAGCCUUCUCUGCACCGGGUAUAAUCUCUGCUUCUCCCUUUGGUGGAGCUCAUGGCUUCCCCCCAACGUUUGCUAUCCAGCAGGCUGGUCUGUCAGUUCCUGGCAUUCCCAGUGCCUUAGCAUCCCUGGGUAUGGGUCAUACCGGCAUGGCAGCCGCUGCAGCGGCCGCAGCUAGCCGGCUUGGCCUGUCGGGGCUCGGUGCCACUGGGGGGCACAACGUGCUGUUGGUCAGCAAUCUGAACCCUGAGACCGUUACGCCACACUGCCUCUUUAUUCUUUUCGGCGUGUAUGGUGAUGUCAUGAGAGUGAAGAUCCUGUUCAAUAAAAAGGAGAACGCUCUAGUCCAGAUGUCUGAUGGCACACAGGCUCAGCUAGCCAUGAGCCACCUGAAUGGCCAGCGCCUUCAUGGCAGGGCCAUGCGCGUGACGUUGUCGAAGCAUACGACAGUCCAGCUGCCCAGAGAAGGCCAUGAGGACCAGGGUCUUACCAAGGAUUACAGCAACUCCCCACUUCAUCGCUUCAAGAAGCCUGGCUCCAAAAACUACUCUAACAUCUUCCCUCCAUCUGCAACACUCCACCUCUCCAACAUACCACCUUCAGUGAUGGAGGAUGAUCUCAAAAGACUCUUUGCAAGCUCAGGAGCCACAGUCAAAGCCUUCAAGUUCUUUCAAAAGGACCGCAAGAUGGCCCUGAUCCAGAUGGGCUCCGUGGAGGAGGCGAUCGAGUGCCUCAUCGAGUUCCACAACCAUGACCUAGGAGAGAACCAUCACCUUCGAGUGUCCUUCUCAAAGUCCACCAUCUGAGUGUCCUUCCUCGCACCCUGCCAACUGAACGCUACUGUUCUUGUUGCCUUCAGUGAAAAUGGCCUUCAUAACAUAUUUAUACUGUUGGUAACUUUUUUUUUUUUUCAUGAGGAUGUUGCCCAUUUAUUUUCCCUUCGGAUUUAGUUUAGAUUUCAGAUCAGAUCCAUACAAUGUCGUUUCUUGUCCUAAAUAUAGUAACAGAGCCAAACUUUUGGUUUUGUUUUAUAUUUUCAUAUUUGAUGUCCAACCCUAGUAGAUGGAUCGUGCCAACUUCAUGCACAAUUUGGUUGUUUUCAAAAUGGGCAGGUUGGCUUCAUCUCUUAUUUGCUAACAUUGAUUAGAAAAUCUUAGCAGUUCUCAGGUAAACCAUCUAAUUUGAGCAUUUAGAUUUUUAAAUAUAUAUAUAUAUAUCAUAGUUUAUACUAAACAUUCAGCAGCAAAACCUAAUCAUUCCUUCUGUUUAGACAAAAUGUUAGCAUUUUGAAAUGGGCAACAUUCUGUAACCAAAACAUGUAUUGGAAGCAAAGUAGAGGCAGCUGACCAACUUUGAACACAAAGAUGCCCUCUAGCAUAAAACGAUCUAUCUAGAUUAUUCCCGCCCCACUUUAGCAUUCCUUUGCUCGUGUAGCUUUGUGAAAUUGUGCCGUUUUAAAAACCUUAACCCUGUUUGGCCAGUGAGAAACGGUUUAAGAUGAAGAAUUUCUAAGUUUUGAAACUCAGAUCAUCCCCCAUCUUUCUUUAUGUUGUCUGUCCUCCAAUUUCCUUCAGGGGAUCCAGACCACUAUCAGAAGGUUAUCUGUAUGGACCCUUUUUCUUUCUCCUUUUUUUUUGUAUUUUUGUGCCUUACUUUACCCCAGCCAGGAUACACUGGCUUAAUCGUUUGGUAUGUAAGUUUUCCAUACCUUCUUUUGGUAUUUACCAGCAUUAAGAAGGGGGAAGUGGCUCAUUUAAUCAUCUUUCUUCUUUAAAAUACAUCUGUUUAUCUUUAAGCAUAUAGCCCCAUUAUAUGUAUUUAGAAUCUAUGAAUGUAAAUCAGUUAGAUGCUAAAUCUUUGUUUUAGGUGAUGUAGCUCUGUUUAAGUGUGUUGUUGCUGAUGUAGAGCUGAAUCCAGCCCUUCAGUUUUACAGUCCCGUUACCUUUUUAUUGGGUUUGGGGCCUCAUUUAACCAGGUUAUGUUCAUAUAUAUGUGUAAAACUAUAUUCAUUUAUCUUUUUUUAGUAGUAGAUCUACAUGUAUUUUGCCUAUAUUUAACUGACUUGUGCUUCUAAGUAGCUGAGUUUGAUGGCUAGUGGAGUGCCUUGUCCCUUUGACCUUUUAUUCCAAUGCUGAAACAGGCCUGGUCAGUGGACUUUGUUUACCUCUCUUUUAAAUCUUAUCAAUCCUGUCUGCACAGAUGCCUUUACAAAAAAACAAAAACAUUCAGGUUAAUCCCAACUGAGAGGGCAGCUUGGAGGCAUUCACAAGUUUAUGAAUUAAAGUCUUAAGCUGCAUUUCAUUAAAAAAAUGUUUUUUUUUUUAAAGGUUUGAAAAGCCUCAUUACCCCUCUGUCCAGCUUAGCCACAGUCAGCUUGUGCACUUUUCCUUUAAGUCAAAACAGACACCAUCACACUGAAGUCUUAAAAACAAUCUCACAUUCCUGCAGGCCUCAAGCACCAGUUUCCACAAUCCUGACCACUGUAGUCUUGGACCAGUAACGGAUGACUUCUGUUUCUAUUCAUGUGAAAGUUUCUUAUGCAUGACUCAAAGCUUCAUGUAGCUGCAGACGGUUUUUGCUGUUAAGGACCAAAGUGUAAUUUACCCCCGGCUAUUUUCUAGUGUUCAAAUGUUGAUUUUUUUUUUUUUUUUUUAAGACACAUUCCUGCUGUUCUGCAAAACCACAAGGAUUGAAUUCAGAAGUCGUUAAGGUGACGGUUUAUACUGUUUGUUUUCACUUUACAAAGAGCCUACUUUGGCAGAGAUGGCUUUAGAAUAAAAGCUUCGUUGAACAGUCUUUAGCUGUGAUAACAGUUUAGAAGAUUAUAUGCCUUUUUUGUUAAAAGCUUUUAUUUUUCUUUUUAUAAGGGGCGGGUUGGGGUUAAAUGUAUGAUGUGGGGUUUGUGUGAUUGUAUAUAUUCAUGUUUUUGUACCACAAAAGAAUUUGGAUUAUAUUCACUUUAAGUUCAAAACAUGUAUAUUUUGAUAAACCACAAAGACAUAUGAAGCUCCUCAGAGCUGGAAAAAUAAAAAAAACUUUUGUAACACAAAGACAUUAAACUAUCUGAACACGGAGGUGUGUCUGUAUGUGCCCCACCCGCUCCCCCCUUUUGUUUUUUUUUGUUUUUGCCAUUCUUGUUUCUUGCAUCUUCUGCUGCCUUUAAUAAAUCUUUAGUUUGUUCUUUC